GAUGGACGAGAGGACGUCGUGGUUCGCUGCGAAUAAUUCAGCGACCUUUGCAAACCCAACGUCUGGCAGGGGAGAUUACCUUCAAACGAAAAGAAAUCCUCGUCGGGGAUACUACACGCAGUAUGGACACAGUUCCUCCCAUUUCAUUGCGGAGUGGCCACAGCACCAGACGUUGCAGAAAGGACGAAGGCAGGCUUUACGCGGGCCUGCCUACAUGUUUAAUGACAGGUCCACAAGCCUAACGCCUGAAGAAGAGAGGUUUCUAGAUGCAGCUGAAUAUGGCAAUGUCCCUGUGGUCAGAAGGAUGCUGGAGGAAUCCGAGACGCUCAACGUAAAUUGUGUUGAUUACAUGGGCCAGAAUGCAUUGCAGUUGGCUGUAGCAAAUGAACAUUUGGAGAUCAUAGAACUCUUGUUGAAAGUUGACAAUCUCUCUCGUGUUGGGGAUGGUUUACUAUUGGCCAUCAGUAAGGGAUAUGUGCGAAUAGUUGAGGCCAUCUUGAAUCAUAAGUUAUUUGCCACUAAGCAUGCACUGACUUUGACCCCAGAGCAAUAUCAACCAGAAUUCAAUGAUUUUUAUGCCUAUGAUGAAGAUGGUACCAGGUUUUCCCAUGAUGUCACUCCUAUUAUCCUGGCAGCGCACUGCCAAGAUUAUGAAAUUGUUCACAUCUUACUGAGGAGGGGAGCCCGUAUUAACAGGCCACAUGAUUAUUUUUGCAAAUGCCAAGUGUGUACUGAGAAUCAACUGAAGGACUCCUUCAGCCAUUCAAGAUCUCGAAUAAAUGCCUACAGAGGCUUAGCAAGUCCUGCCUACUUGUCCCUCUCCAGUGAGGAUCCUGUGCUUACAGCUCUGGAGCUCAGUAAUGAGCUCAGUGUAUUGGCCAAUAUUGAGAAGGAAUUUAAGAAUGAUUACAAAAAAUUAUCAAUUCAAUGCAAAGAUUUUGUUGUUGGACUUCUAGACUUGUGCCGGAUUACUGAAGAAGUAGAAGCCAUUUUGAAUGGGGCUGUGGAGACAAAUCCCAACAGUAAGGGUGAAUUUCGACCUAGCCUUAGUCGGCUAAAAUUAGCUAUUAAGUUUGAAGUCAAAAAGUUUGUAGCUCAUCCAAACUGUCAACAACAGCUUCUCUCUAUCUGGUAUGAAAAUCUCUCUGGAUUACGUCAACAGCCAAUAGCAACCAAGUUUCUGGUUGUGUUAGCUGUAGUAUUGGGGCUGCCAUUCCUAGCCUUGUGCUAUUGGAUUGCACCUUGCAGCAAGCUGGGGAAGAUCUUGCGAGCGCCUUUUAUGAAAUUUGUGGCCCAUGGAGUUUCCUUCACGAUUUUUCUUGGCCUGCUGAUCAUGAAUGCAGCCGACAGGUUUGAGGGCACCAAACUCCUGCCGAAUGAGUCAACGACAGAUCACCCUAGGCAGCUCUUCAGGAUGAAAACAACUGGUUUCAAGCCGACGGAACUUCUAAUUAUUUGCUGGGUAAUAGGGAUGAUCUGGUCGGAAUGUAAAACAAUGUGGUCCCAAGGCCCAGGAGAAUAUUGGCUGGAACUAUGGAAUUUAUUAGACUUUGGAAUGUUAGCCAUCUUUGCAGCAUCCUUCAUUGCACGAUUUAUGGCAUUUUGGCAUGCUUCCAAGGCACAGAGUUUUGUGGAUGAAAAAAUUAAAAUGGAUUUAGUUAAUGUGACUCUUCCAACAGAAAUCCAGUACUACACUCUUGCUCGAAUGAAGUGGCUUCCGUCUGAUCCUCAACUUAUCUCGGAAGGUUUGUAUGCAAUAGCUGUUGUGAUGAGCUUCUCCAGAAUUGCAUACAUCCUUCCAGCUAAUGAAAGCUUUGGACCUUUACAAAUAUCACUUGGACGAACUGUGAAAGACAUUUUCAAAUUCAUGGUCAUAUUCAUCAUGGUUUUUGUGGCCUUCAUGAUUGGAAUGUUUAAUCUUUACUCACACUACCUUGGAGCAAAAAAAAACAAUGCAUUUACCACUGUUGAAGAAAGCUUUAAAACUCUAUUUUGGGCUAUUUUUGGAUUAUCAGAAGUCAAGUCAGUGGUCAUCAAUUAUGAUCACAAAUUUAUUGAGAACAUUGGCUAUGUUUUGUAUGGUGUUUACCACGUGACAAUGGUCAUUGUGCUUCUAAAUAUGCUGAUUGCGAUGAUUAACAAUUCAUUUCAGGAAAUUGAGAAUGAUGCUGAUGUGGAAUGGAAGUUUGCCAGAGCCAAACUAUGGAUUUCCUAUUUUGAAGAAGGACGGACACUUGCAGUGCCUUUUAACUUGGUGCCAAGUCCAAAGGCCUUCUUUUAUCUUCUAUUGAGAAUUAAGAAGUUUCUACCGAAUCUUUGGAGAUGUAGCAGAGGACAGUGCCAAGAAAAUGCAGAGACGGCAAAGCUCAAACACUGCAAACAGUCAAGUAUUCAAAGUUCUGAAACUAACAGUUUACAUAAUGUCAGAAAUCCACCAACACGGUACCAGAAAAUAAUGAAGCGUCUCAUAAAGAGAUACAUACUGAAAGCUCAAAUGGAUAGGGAGAAAGAUGAUGUCAAUGAAGGUGAACUCAAGGAAAUCAAACAAGAUAUUUCAAGCCUCAGAUAUGAACUGCUUGAGGAAAAGUCACAAAACACAGAUGAUCUUGCUGAUCUUAUCAAGCAGUUUGGAGAAAAAUUGGGAGCCUAAUCAAUUGACAAAGAAAACAGUUAUCUAGUAACGUUGCAUCUUGAACAACUCUGCACCAAAUCACCAACUACAAUGAUAGAUUUUGCAUAUUAAUUAUAAUAGUGCCAAAUAUAAUUUAGAUUUAAACAUAUCAAUGCAUAGUCAA